AUGGAAAGCGCUCGCUUACGGGCAAGAACAACAGCUCGAUCGGCUCGAUACUGCAAAGCGGUUAUUCUGGUGAAGAACUUUGUCCAUGUGGUGAUGCCCGCGACAGCCGCAAUUCACUUUCUAACACGAAUCCUUCACUCCACUGCGACUGGUGCCGACAAAGGUGUUCACUUUGGACAAGUUGAAAAAGAAGAGAGUUCGGAAUCUCAUAUU